CGUAUUCACUCAUGUUGUUUAUACUCAUUGUACUUAUAGAGCUCUGUGUGGUAAAUCCCUUCCUCUUAUUUAUUUUAUUUUAUAAGGUGCACUGAAUGAGCUUUUGAGUCAUGUAAUUUUCAUGAAUGUUUGGCAUGUUUCGGUUUAUUUGAUGACAGUUUGAAGGCCCUGACUUCGUCAUAUUUAACGGGGUAGACGGUGUAAGAUUGUAGACUAUGCCACUGCGGGUUAUUCAAGGCACAUUGGUGCAUGCACAGUCUGCAAACCAGCCACUCCAGAUUUUGGAGAAUAACGUUAUUGGAGUCGACAAAAACAAGAUAAUAUUCGUUGAACCUGUGGAGUGUUUAUCUGAACUCUCUGCCCAGCAUGGCUUUGAACUGGACGAAGUCCACAACAUCAACGGUUGUUUCUUGAUGCCUGGUUUUGUCGACACCCACAUCCAUGCCCCUCAGUAUGUCUACACCGGCACAGCCAUGGGCCUACCCCUCCUGGAGUGGCUAGACAAGUACACCUUCCCCGUCGAAGCCAAGUUUGACGAUCUCAAAUUCGCCACCGAUGCUUAUCACAAAGUUGUGCACCGUACCCUUAAGAACGGAACCACCACAGCCUCCUACUUUGCAACCAUUCACAAAGAGGCCUCCCUCAAGCUUGCAGAGAUAGCCGCAAAGUUUGGGCAACGAGCAUUCAUCGGCAAGGUGAACAUGGAUUCAAAUUCACCCGAUUUCUACGUUGAGACCACAGAGAAUUCAAUCCAAGACACGGAGUGGUUUAUCAAGCAAGUUCAGUCGAUGAACAACCCUCUUGUCACACCCAUCGUGACGCCCCGUUUCGCCGUCAGUUGCACCUUGGAACUCAUGAAGAAACUGGCUGAGCUUGCUGAAAAGUACAACCUGCCAAUUCAGACCCAUCUGGGAGAAAUCCUUGCUCGACCUCAGGUUUACCCGCAAUACAAGAGUUACAUGGAUGUGUACAGUGCAUGCAAUUUGCUCACGACGCAGACAGUCCUUGCUCACUGCAUCUACCUAGACGAUGAUGAGAUUGAGACCCUCAGAAGCCACGGUUGCGGCGUCUCACACUGUGCCUGCUCAAACUUCUCACUGAAAAGCGGUGUUCUGGAUCUAAGAAAACUCAUGACAAGAGAUGUCAAAGUCAGUCUUGGGACAGACGUGUCCGGUGGUUAUACACCCUCCAUGCUGGGAAGCAUUCGCCAAUCCGUCAUCGCCUCCAACGUGCAAGAGUGCCAGCAGAGGAACGGCUACAGGAGCGUGGACUUCAAAGAGAUGUUUUAUCUAGCCACGUUGGGCGGUAGUAAAGUUCUGGGUCUUCAGAACAAGAUUGGCAACUUUGAGGUCGGGAAAGACUUUGACGCGAUCCUAGUCAAUCCCGAAGCUGCGAACAGUCCGUUUGAUGUCUUCCACUCUACAUACAGCGAUACGAUAGAGGAUGUGGUGCAGAAAUUCCUCUAUCUGGGUAAGUUUGCUUCUCUGAAUUUUGGGGAAAAACAGGCGAAAACCUAUAACUGGUAUAGCUGUGACUUGACAGACACUAACGGGGAAGAAAAAUGUGUGAUGUCAUCAUGCCAUCAAAAAUGCACUUUUGAGAACGUAUAUGAUGAACUCCAUCUGUGUGGAAACUAUAGUGACAUUGGGAUAAUGCCCCAUUUUUAUCAAAACACCAGAUUAUUCAUGUUCAAAGACGGACACUUACAACUAAAUUUUGUCGCUGUCUUGGUUUUCAUUUCUGCCAGGUGAUGAUCGAAAUAUUCAAGAAGUUUACGUGGCUGGCAAGAAAGUUAUUCCUACGGAAGAGGGCUAAGUAAGAACGAGAAACAAGUUGAGAGAAAGAGAUGUUUCUGGAGUUUUUCAAAAAUAUCCCGUAAGUGGCCAAGUGAGUUUACCAAGUGAUGCAAAGCGCAUCGAUGUGUACAUUGUGUGUAUAAUGGGAGAGUAUUGGACUAUCCGCUUAUUUUAUUGUCUGUUUCAAAUUGUCUAGGAAAUAUUUUUGGAGAACUGACCAAAGACGGUUAAAUGUUUAGUCUUAUGCACGAGGAACUGAGUGAGCUAUUUUGUAAAUUAAAAUUUGUAAGUGUGAUCUUGGGUUUUAAGUAAAAAUAUUUGUUACUUGUGAUUCUACCGAAAUGUCUGUACAUCAUGCUUUGUCAUCAGAUCUUUCAUCAGGACUUCAAAAUGAAAACCUUAACCCAUCGGUUGGAAACCAUUAAUUGUAGAGACUUUCCAAAAAGCUCUACUUUCUGCUGAUAACUUUAACCCACUGGAUAUCAGACGAUGGUUACGAUUCAAUUACUCUUUAUCACAAAUCCUGGGCUUCUCCAUUAAAAUUUCACUAAUUUCCCAUGAGAUUUUUCAGACGGGAAAAAUCUAUGACAUUUUCCAGAGCCCCAUGCAGUCUGAAUUCUACUUUUCUCAUUAGUUUCUAUAAUAACAUGAAUAAGAUUAUAGAAAGAUUUCCCUUCUAGCAAGAACUGUUGGAACAGGAAUACUCUUUUUCGCUUUCAAGAAGUUAAUAAUGAAAUUGGCCAUAAACUCAUGCAGAUAUAAAUCUACAUUGGACAACCUUAAAUUGUUACCCUGUUACAUAUGUUUUAUUUCAUUUUUUAAUAAAUGUGAGUAGUUAUGGUAUGUACAACUCACAGAUAUUUUUAAUUAAGGCACAAUGUGAAGACUGUAUCGGUGCAGAAUAUAAACUUUUUUAACAGCACACAUACAUUGUAUUUACCUCUGUAAAACAAUGUGUUGAAUUUUAAGUUUUAAGGAAAUGAAUAUAUUUUAAAAUACAUUUAUACAUUUUGUGCAGAGAUAUAGGUGAUAUAUAGAGGCAGAUUAUAUGGAGGAAAAUAAAAUAGGCGGUUACUAAAAAAUGGAAUGCAUUUCAUUUAAAUCACACAACUUGGAAAAUUUACUGGGGAGAAACUCAAUUUUUUUUUUAAACCUGCAGUUACUAUUGAUGUAAUAUUAAUUCACAAAAAGCCUGUUUUCUUGACAUCUAUAGGAUGAAAUUUAAAGGAACCAACUUGAGCUAUAAAUUUAAGUACAUGUACAAAUAUUUGGAACCCUGACGUACACAUUACUCAGUUUUUCUUUCAGUUCAUGAUUUGCAUAAAAUGCUAUUAUUUUAA